AUGCCUUUCACCACCGGACAAGAGAACUUGCUUCGGCUGAACCCAGAGACUUUUGACUUCAACAUCCAAUUCGAGCAAUUAUUUUUCUCCAUCAUUCCGUCCGCUUUGUUCAUCGUAACAUCGUUAUGGCGGACGCUUUAUCAGGCACGGAAGCCUGCCGUGGUGAAUGCACCGGUUUUCCAAUUGAUCAAACUGGGUGCUAUCACAACCUAUGUCGGACUUGAGCUUUCACUUCUCAUCUUAGUUGCGACUGGGUCCUUCCAUGUUACCAACAUGUUCAUAGCCUCCUCGGUCCUCAACCUUGUCUCAGCCCUACUCAUGAUCACACUGAGUGUUGUUGACCACAGCAGAAGCCCAAAGCCGUCUGCACUGCUCAGCAGCUACUUGUUUUUGACACUUUUUCUGGACGUGGCCCAAGCAAGAACGCUGUUUCUGUCAUCAGAUGACAAACCAGAACUCACCUAUAGCAGCAUCUUCGUUACUGCUAUAGCUCUGAAGACCGGCAUAUUGCUAUUGGAAGCCCAGCAAAAGUCCAGAUGGGUGGGAUGGGACGAGAAAGAGCAUAGCCCAGAGGAGACGAGUGGCAUCUUUUCCUUAGGAGUGUUCUUCUGGCUCAACAAGAUAUUCUUGGAUGGGUACAGCAAAAUCUUGACGGUUGGGGACCUUUACCCACUGGAUAGCUCCUUUAACGCCAGAGCGCUUCACGAUGAGUUCUUGAAGAACAUCGAUUACUCUAAGUUGAAGGGUGACAAAUUUGGCCUGGUGAAGGUGUUGAUCCGCACCCUGAAAGUUCCUCUUCUUGUUCCCAUACCUGGACGCCUGGCACUUCUUUGCUUCACAUUCUGCCAACCGCUUUUCCUUGAAAAGCUGUUGGAUUACCUAUCCCAGUCGGAACUCGACAAAAAUGUCGGAUACGGCUUUAUCGGCGCUAGCCUACUCAUCUAUUCGGGACUUGCUAUAUCAAUGGGCUUUUACUGGUACUUCCACCACCGGAUGCGUAUUAUGGCCAAGUCUAUACUUGCCACAGAAAUUUUCAUCAAAGCCACGGAAGCUCGUAUUGGGACUGGCGAUGACAGCGCUGCGCUGACUUUGAUGAGCACGGACAUGGAGCGAAUCGACAUGGGUUUCAGAAAUCUGCAUGAGAUUUGGGCGAGCAUGGUUCAAGCAGGUCUCGCCGGGUGGAUGUUGUACACUCGAAUUGGUGUGGUGUUCGUCGCACCGGUGGCAGUUGUCAUAGCCUGUUUUAUCGGCUUAGGGGUCCUUAUACACUUCACGGGGGAUUCACAGAGGUCCUGGAUGGCAGGCGUCCAGAAGCGGGUGGGCCUAACGGCCACGGUCAUUGCUAGUAUGAAGAACUUGAAGCUGUCUGGCCUCUCGGUUGCUAUGGGCGACUUCGUGCAGAAUCUCCGCGUGCAAGAGCUAGCGGCUGGAUCCCGGUUUCGCAAGAUAAUCAUCAUUGCGGCAAUUUUGGGUUUCAUUCCGCUAUUGAUCAGCCCGCCAUUAACAUUCGCAUUUACCCAAAAAACCUUCGAUGCCUCGACGAUGUUCACUAGUCUGUCCUUCCUUACACUUUUGACCAACCCAUUGUCACAGGUCUUUCAAUCAAUUCCCCAACUUGUCUCCGGGCUGGCAUGCUUGGGCCGAAUCCAAGCCUUCUUGGAGUGCGAGACUCGCCAUGACUUUCGCCAAGUUCUUGAUGAUGUGAGGCGAAAUGCUGAAAAGGCCCGAGCCGAUACCGGAACGUUAUCUGAUUCUGAACCGGACUCAGCGGAUCCUAUCGUCAUUAAGAGCGGGAACUUCGGUUGGGAAGCAGACAAGUUCGUGUUGAGGAAUGUAAGUACUCGAGUACCUAAGUCCUCACUCACUAUUGUCGUUGGACCUGUUGGUUCUGGGAAGACUACGCUAUGCAAGGCACUGCUUGGUGAAAUUCCUUUCAGCGAAGGCAGCGUGGUUUUAGGUACUAGAUAUCCUCACGUUGGAUUCUGCGACCAGACAGCAUUCCUUUCGAAUGGGUCGAUCAAAGAUAAUGUCGUUGGAUUCUCUCCACACAAUAAUGAGAGGUAUGCCGAAGUCAUUAAGGCUACCUCCCUGGACUUUGAUUUUGCCACUCUACCACAGGGAGAUCAAACGAAUAUCGGCUCGGAUGGAAUUGUCCUAUCCGGGGGCCAGAAACAACGGGUGUCCCUUGCGCGAGCUCUGUAUUUGCACUCUGAUCUUCUAGUGCUAGACGAUAUCUUCAGUGGUCUAGAUGCGGACACCGAGGAGAAAGUCUUCCAGCAGGUAUUUGGGCCAGAUGGACUGCUCAAGCAACGGGGCUCUACGGUUGUGUUGUGCACCCACAGCAUCAGGCACCUCCCCGCCGCUGAUCAUGUAAUAGCACUCGGCAACGGCACCAUUGUUGAGCAGGGUAGCUUUCAAAAACUGAUGGACAGUCAAGGAUAUGUUCAACGUCUGGGAUUGAAGGGCUCUUCCGAUGACACUGUCUCAGCUGAGAAAUCGACCCCAAAGAAAACCUGGGAGGAAUCAAAGCCGGAAAUGCUUCAAACUACAAUGACCAAUACAUCGUCCAUUGUACCGGAUGCGGAUGCAUCGCGGCAAAUUGGCGACAAGACGGUAUACAAGCAUUAUUUCAAGAGCAUGGGAUGGUUUCUGGCAGGAGGCAGUUUGCUCGUCGGUGUUCUUUUUGGUUUCUUCACGAACUUUCCAACAGUCUGGCUUACAUACUGGACCGAUGACAUCUCCUCGGAGCAUCCAACGCACUCUUACGCUUACUACGCAGGGAUAUAUGCUUUGUUUCAAAUCUGCGGCUUGGUCACACUGCUUGCCCUCGGCAUCUUGAUCUUAAUCGUUUCCGUGGAAAGGGCAGGUGCUAGUCUUCACCAGGAUGCCUUGCGGACACUUAUUCAAGCACCGUUAUCCUUUUUCACCAAUACGGAUACUGGUGUUGUCACAAAUCUGUUCUCGCAAGAUCUGAAUCUUAUUGACACCGAGCUGCCAAAUGCAACAAUGAACACGAUCUUUUCCGUCUUUCAAGCACUCGGACAAGCGGCUGUUAUGCUUACCUCGUCUGUCUACUUGGCCAUAAGCUACCCAUUCCUCGUCGCCCUAUUGUGGAUCUUACAAAUGUUCUACCUUCGGACAUCCAGGCAGCUGAGGUUGUUAGACCUUGAGGCUAAAAGUCCUUUGUACACACAUUUCCUUGACACUGUCAAGGGAAUUACAACUCUGAGAGCUUUCGGUUUCAUUCCCGACGAUGUCGACAAGAAUACUCGCCUAAUUGAUGCCAGCCAACGACCUGCUUAUCUCCUUCUUAUGAUUCAACAGUGGCUGACCCUCGUCCUCGAUCUUGUAGUCAUGGUUAUUGCAGUAGUCAUGACGACUCUCGCCGUUCGGCUCCACUCCAGCUCUGGUUUUGCGGGUGCCUCCUUGUUCUCCCUCAUGAGUUUCGGUGAGAGCAUUUCGGGAAUUGUCGUAUUCUACACCAAGCUAGAAACUUCGAUUGGAGCGAUCGCCCGUCUCAAGUUGUUCAAUGAAAACGUAAAGCCUGAGGAUAGAGAGGAAGAGGACAUUGUCCCUCCUAUCCAGUGGCCACAUAAUGGUGUGGUGGAAUUAAAGGGCGUAUCUGCAAGUUACAGCGCAGAAGAUCAACCCGACAACACGUCCAAGAUAGCCCUCCGCAACAUCAACCUCACUAUCAAGACAGGCGAGAGAGUCGCCAUCUGCGGUCGUACCGGCAGCGGCAAGUCUAGUCUCAUGGCCUUACUACUCAAGAUCCUCGAUCCACUCCCUGAGACAGCCGGGAACGCAAUCAUUGAUAACACGCCACUCCACCGCAUAAACCGCGCUGCACUCCGUGAGCGCAUAAUUGCAGUACCCCAGGAGGCCGUAUUCCUACCGGAUGGGUCCACCUUCCGUGCAAACCUGGAUCCGUCUGACGUUUCAACACCCGAGGAAUGCGAAGUUGUGCUUGUCGCUGUGGACCUGUGGAAGUUCGUCCAAGAGCGGGGUGGGCUGGACGCAGCCAUGAGCGCGGGCACGCUCAGCGCGGGUCAACGGCAACUCAUGUCACUUGGACGUGCGCUACUGAGACGUUUCAUCCGGGCACGGAAUGGCUCAAACUGUGGUAUCUUGUUGCUGGAUGAGGUGAGCUCGAGUGUUGACCACGAGACGGAACGUGUUAUGAAGGAUAUUAUCAGGGUGGAGUUCAAGGACUACACAGUCAUAGCGGUCAGCCAUCGGCUGGAUAUGAUUAUGGACUUUGAUAGGGUUGUUGUGAUGGAUACGGGAGAGAUUGUGGAGGUUGGAAAUCCUUCGGUGCUGGCUGGACAGGCGGAGACGAGGUUCGGGGAUUUGGUCAGGGCUGGGGCUAAGUAA